AUGCCUCCCAACGAUGACUCCAGAAUCCAUCUAUUCUUUCUUCUAGGCAUAUCCACACUUCUCUGCAUAAGCUCUAUUUUUUCCCUGGUAUUAAAAUGCGGAGCUUUCUUCGCUCGCCGAGAACCCGUCAAUCAACUCCCACCUACCCCUCAGGGCCCUCAUAGCGUUGAUAGAUAUGCAGAUAGCUCCCUUGCUCUAUUUCCCGUCCACCUUAAUGAAGCUUCAGCUGGAGCGGUGAUUGCCAGUGGUGCACUCAGCUUGCUGGUCGCGCUGCUAGGGAUAACUUUUGUAUAUAUUUCCUUCUGCAACGGCGCGAUCUUGAUGUCUUUUCGCCAACGGGCAUAUGUCCUUGUAACCCUGCAACUUCAUUCUCUUCUUACUCUAGGAACUCUUACAUACGCCUUCAUAUCCCACCGGCUAUCCGAUCACUUUAACCCAGAUUAUCGAACUAAUCCGUACGAUAAAGGUGUUUUCGAUCCCGAAACGUGGACAUGCGAAUUUCAGGGCUGGUAUCAGUUUGAAGACCACGAUGGCAAGCUACUUGACCGGCAGUGUGCCUUCGAAAACGCGAGCAGAUGGGUCUCCGUCCCCAUAUUCAUCCUCUCGUUGGUAUUUAGUGCGGUUGCAGCUUGGGCUUUAGUGGCUGAAAGCGCCAUUAUUCAAGCGAAGAUUGAACAGAAGAACUUGACGCGUGUCAAUGAUUCUGAAUACGAUAGUCCAUCAGUCUAUUCAAGAUAA